CUUGCUCACCUCCUGUAAUCCUUCCCGAGACAGCCAUCUUUAGGGCUCAUUCUCGACAUUCGAUUCGUGGUGGCGCUUCAACGCAAGUUACUCCAAGGCUUUGUGGUAUAUAUAGAGAGCAUACUUUCCGGAUUUAUCCUGCCUGUGACCAUAAGCAUCUGAUUUCGAGUGCCGAGCUCGCAGACAUACUUUGCCUUUCGUGAUUCUAUCAAUCCGGAAGGGGCGAAUCACAGCUAUGGCGCAACCGACGUCUGCCAUGGGUAAACAUCCAAACUUCAUCAGCACCUUGGAAAUGCAAGAGCAACCCAGAAACGAGAAAGACAGCCACGACAACACCAACCAAACUCCCUUGGACCAAAAAGCCCAACUCGGCAUCCAAAAGAUCGAAGCUGUGACCACAGUCUGGUCAACCAAGUCCUUGGUCAUCGCUUACGUCCUGAUGUGGCUCAUUUACUUCGUCGAAGGUCUCCUCUCCGGCACAACCACUGCGUUGAAUCCUUACAUCACCUCCGCAUUCGCCUCUCACUCUUUGACACCAACCGUGGGCAUAGUAAGCAGUAUCAUCGGCGGCGUGACCAAUUUCACCAUCGCCAAGAUCCUUGACGUCUUCGGCCGCCCACAAGGCUUCCUACUCUGCAUCAUCAUCGCUGUUAUAGGCUUGGUCAUGAUGGCUGCAUGUAAGAGUGUAGAGGCCUACGCAGCUGCUCAAGUCUUCUACACGGUUGGAAACACUGGGUUACAAUAUACGCUUGGUGUGUUCAUUGCUGAUACUUCGAGCUUGAAAAACAGAGGGUUGAUGCAGGCGAUUGCUACGAGUCCGAAUAUGAUUACUUGUUGGUUGGCUGGACCGCUUUCUUCUGGCUUCUUAUCUGGGCCUGGAUGGCCUUGGGCGUUUGGCAUGUUUUCUAUCUUGGUGCCUGCUUUCUCGGUUCCGUUGUGGGUACUUUUGUUUUGGCAUUACCUCAAGGCUAGGAAGAUGCAGGUCGUGCCUGAGAGAAAAGAGCAGACAAGUCUUUGGCAGUCGGCGGUGUACUACUGUCGUGAAUUCGAUGCUGUGGGAUUGAUCUUGCUGUCUGCUGGUGUGGCACUCUUUCUUCUACCAUUCAACCUUUACGCCCUCCAGGUAAAAGGAUGGACUUCUCCGCUCAUCAUCUGCCUGUUGGUGUUUGGAUUCAUACUAAUCAUUGCAUUCGUGCUCUGGGAAAGAUUUUGGGCUCCCAUCACCUUCAUUCCCUAUAAUCUCCUCAAGGAUCGGACUCUCUCUGGCGCCUGCUUACUCUCCUUCACCAUGUUCUUCAGUUACUUCUGCUGGUUUAGUUACUUUAGCUCUUUCCUCCAGGUCGUCAAUGGUCUCAGCGUUACCAACGCCAGCUACGUUAUGCAGAUCAACACCGUGGGCUCAGUGCUGUGUGCUAUCGGUGCAGGAGCACUGAUUCACUACACCGGUCGCUUCAAACCGGUUUGUGUGUACUUCGGCAUCCCAGUCAGCAUCCUAGGAGUCGGGCUGCUCGCCUACUUCCGACGUCCGGGUACUGGUAUCGGAUAUCUGGUCAUGUGUCAGAUAUUUAUCGCUCUGUCCUCGGGCACACUGGUCAUCUGCGACGAAAUCGCGGCCUUGUCCGCAGUCUCGCAUCAGCAUGUCGCCGUCACUCUAGCCACUAUAGGCCUAUUCGGCAACAUUGGUGGAGCCAUUGGUCUCACAGUCGUAGCUGCCAUCUGGCAAGCCGUGUUUCCCAAGGCACUUGCCAUGUAUCUGCCGGUCGAGGAGCUUCCGAAUUUGCUAUUGAUCUAUGCGGAUAUCACGACGCAGUUGUCUUAUGAGAUUGGUUCGCCGACUCGUGUGGCUAUCCAGCAUGCGUAUGGAGAUGCGCAGAGGGCUAUCGUAGUCGCUGCUACUGCUGUGUGGGUUCUUGGUGCGGUUGCGGUGGCUAUGUGGAGGAACAUUAAGGUUAGUGACAUGGAGCAGGUUAGGGGUCAUGUAGCCUAGAUUUCCGAGAGGCCCUUGUCUGUCAUAUGUACUGAGGAUGCUCGAUGAUACGAGUGCAUUGAUGUCGUAUCUUUUGAGGCUAUCAUGACCAGGAUGUAGGGGCAUAUAAUUCGAAC